AUGGAGCCUGCACACGAAAAUGCAUCUAAGGAGGGCGAUGCAACCCUCCUUCUUGGUGUGCGGCUACAUCUUCUUGAUGAAUUUGUGGAGUGGCACCCCCCUCCAAAUCUCUCCGCUCUCGAUGAGCCUCACAUAUUCUUCGAUGAUUUGCACUUCGAACCCUCUCCAUUUGACCGUGAUCCCGAUUUCUCGCUCAUUCUGACAUUGUACUCUGCUCCUGACUUCAAGCAAUAUCUCGACAAUGCAGAUCUCCUCUCACGAUACCCCGAGCUAUUCUUCAAGCUCACACAUAGCUUCCCACUUGGAGACCUCCCCCCCAUUCUUGAGUCCUUCAUCCCGGACAACCUGCUGAGCACGAACAUCUAUACUGACAUCAUUCGCAAAUACAUCUCUGAAGAGCUCUCUCUCGGUCGCUUCUCAGAUCCCUUUACAUGCACUCAACUCGAGGCAAAGAUUGGACCUUUCCGAUCAUCUCCUCUCCAAGUCGCGACCAAAGUCGGUGCCUGCAGUGAACCUGACAAGUUCUGCAUCUGCCGACAUCUCUCGUACAAAGGAGUACUGGGUCAAUCCGUCAAUGAUGAGAUUGAUGCCAAAGACUAUCCCACGUGA